AUGGGUCUGACCCUAUGUCCACUCCCCCGGAAACGCCGGCGACAACUGAGCUCCCGGAGAAGAAGAAGAAGCAGGUGGAGCUGGAUCCUCAGAGAGAAGAAGAAGCAGAAAGAGAAGAAAGAUAACCCUUCUCCAGCUGGAACCACAGUAACAGACACACUGGACAAGUUUAAUCUCUUCGAUUUGAAUGGACAAGGAAGCCAGAAAUACACAGCCCAGCUAGUGAAGCCUGUUAAAGGCUCAGUGAUGCCUGUGAAGAAGAAGAGGAAACUCCCUGGUGCAGAUGAUCAUGAGCACAAGUGUAAAAUCACAAGUUUCGCUCGACCUCAGAUCCGCGGAGCGAGGCCGAUCAGCAGCGACAAGCUGUUCUCCAGCAGGAAGUGCUUGCUCUGGUUCCACAAGUACGCUGCUGGCGACAACGUGGUGGAUCCAGAGGCCAUGGAGAGCUUCUGUGAAGACAUCGGUGUGGAACCAGAGAAUAUUGUCAUGUUAGUUUUAGCCUGGCAUCUAGAAGCAGCUAAUAUGGGAUUCUUCACAAAAGAGGAGUGGCUCAGGGGAAUGACAGUAUUACAGUGUGACUGCACAGAGAGGUUACAGAGUAAACUGGAGUACAUGCGCGGUGAGCUCAACGAUUCUGUCCUCUUCAAAAACAUCUACAGAUACGCCUUCGACUUCUCCAGAGACAGAGACCAGAGGAGUCUGGACAUGGACACGGCCAAGUCUAUGCUGGCUUUACUGCUGGGGAGAACAUGGCCUCUGUUCCCCAUCUUCCAUCAGUUCCUGGAGCAGUCCAAGUACAAGGGGAUGAAUAAGGACCAGUGGUACAACGUGCUGGAGUUCAGCAGAACCAUCAACACAGACCUCAGUAACUACGAUGAAGAUGGAGCUUGGCCGGUGCUGCUAGAUGAGUUUGUGGAAUGGCAGAAAACUUGGUCAGCGUCGUAGCAACAACAACCCCACACCAAAAAGGAGGAAGAGGGAGAACAACAAAACCCACAAACGCAGGAGGAAUCUAUUGUUAAAUGAGAAACAGCUGAACACACACACACACUCUCAGACACACACACACACGGACUGGAGAAUCAUCGCUGUGGACUCUGGGUUCAGUCACAUCCCAUCAGAGAUCGUCUCUGUUCAUCGUCAGCCAACUGUUGUCAAGAGGCCUUUCUCUCAGAGAGUAGACUUUUUUAAAAUAGGGUUAAUUUGGAAUAAAGAAACUGAACUAAGAAAACACACAAAACCAAAAAAAAGAACUGAGAGAAGAGAUGUGGAAUUUGUUUUCUUGAUAAUAAUUUUUUUCCCCCAUUUUGUGUAUUGUUUAUAGAUGUUUUCACAGUAAUAAAAAAGGA